UUUUGUGAUACUGGAUUCAUGAGCAGUAAGUUGUAAUUAUGAAGAACAAAACCAAAUUAAGAAAGAAUACCGGAAGGAAGGGCGAAGAGCAGAAGUACUCCGAGGAGCAGGUGUCAAUCGGCAAGCAUCCUCAGUGUGCCUACGUUUUGCAAUCACAUUUAUGACUGGCCAGGGCCUGUAAAACAGACAUUAAACAGAAGUCAGCAAGCAACUAUCAGGAAGUGGUUGAUGUGGGUGCUGUCAAACUCUUCUGUGAAUUAAAACCGACACACUAAAAAAAGGUUCACUCAAGUACAGUCCCCCCACGUGACCGUUAUGUUAUGUUUCUUGGUUAAGAAAUUAUCUGUAGGCGUCAUCCUUCACGGUAUUUCAGUAGGAAAGAACACUAAUUGUUCAGAUGGACCCAUUCUACAUUUCUCCGUUAUUGCGCUGUGACCUCGUUCCCUAUCCCGAAUGUAAGUGAAGCGAUCCCGCGUCGUACGGGCAGGUACAAUGUUCUGGUCAUUGGAAGGAACGAGUUUUUUACCAGUUUUUCUGGUAAUCUGGUCAUCCAGCACGUUUAUUAUUCCCUAUGUCACUGCGGUGCUAGAAGAGCACGUCGAUGUAAUCUUCCCAUACAUAAGCGACACGGGCAGAGAUCCACCGGAGAGCGGCGUGUUUGGACUGAUGACUGCUAUCACAGCGUUUACCAGCAUGGUCACCAUGUUUGCUCGCUACAAAUACUUGCAGAAGUUACAGGAAGUGGUCGCUGAGGCCCGGCCCGGCCUGAACCUGGCAGCCCUGGUUUGCGGACUGGUUUCCUGCCUGGGGAUGUGCAUCGUCGGUACUUUUCAGGAGUCGGUGCUGGAGAAGCCCCACCUGGUCGGCGCGUUUCUGUUCUUCGUGUGCGGCGUGGCGUACAUCGUCAUGCAGUCCGCCAUCUCGUACCGCAUGCAGCCCCACGGAUCCUCCCUGUGCGUGUGCCGUGCCCGAGCCGCCAUCUCCGUCAUGUCCGUGCUCGUUGCCAUUCCCAUGAUUGUCUGUACAGGGUUACUGAAAAUGAUGGACGAGUGGGACAUGUCUCGAUUGCACAGCAUCGGGCUCGCCGGGGCCUCCUGCGAGUGGAUCGUGGCCUUUGGCUUCAUCUUCUUCUUCUUCAGUUAUAUCGACGAGUUCAAGGUGGGUCGCCCUCUCUCGAGACCCGUCUACGGCUUUAUCUCUCGACCACAUUUUGCUUUGCAUCUGCCUCUCAGCGUCCGCCACCAUGUAUUAGCCUGGCUCUGCUGCCCGCCAUUUUGUUCACUUUGUUGUUCUCAAUCGGAGGCACCGUGCCAUAACAUUUUGUAGCAAAUGCUACACCCCGGAGAAGCACUGGAAUCUGUGGCCAUCGAGCUCAUAAUCCUGUUAUGCCUCCCGCACUUUCGCAUUCACCUUCUGCAAGUUUUCAUACGCCUCUUUCCUGCCCGAAUUGGGAUCGGAUCGCCGUGUUUUUUUAAUCUCAUCCCAUGCCCGUAAUUUCGGGUGAGAAACUGGGAGGCAUCUGCAAUAGCGCGUGCUGCCACCCCCAGGCCGCUCUGCGACAGCCCGUCAGCGAGUUACCACAGCUGAAGCUCUCCAGGAAACAAAAUGGACGCCGUGUAAAAAAAAUGUUACCAGCGUUUUUAUUUUUUAUUCAUUUAACCUUCAUUUAACCAGGCGAGUCCCACUGACAUUACAAGAUCUCUCUUUCGAGGGAGCCCUGGGCGAGACAGCAGCAAUGCAGUGUUACAGACGACAUGAAAGAAACAUUAAAAACAUAUAAUAACAUAUACAGUUGAAGGCCGCAAUCCCAUGCCAAAAAGGCAAACGGGAGGAAACGGAAGGCGGAAUUACACGUUCUCAUCGAUUACGCCUCCAAACCCUUCACUACAUUUCCGAGCGUCCUGAUUGAGAUCAGCUCAUCGAGCUGCAAAUAUUUGUGAAUGGUUCCAGGCUGUAGGGGCAGAGAACAGGGAAAUGUAACCCGUGUGACCGUUCGAGAGGACAUCGCAGGGGGACACCCUGUGGACUGGGGCGACUAGGAGCACCUGUAGAACUGGUGUCCCAUCUCCUGCCUCGGUGCAGGUUUCGAGAUUUUUCGUUUGGGCACUAACAGCUGUCCUUUUCCUUGUCCUCUUCCAGAGAUUCAGGCUGACGCUGAGUCUGGAGAUGCUUGCCUUCAACUGACAGUAUUUUCAUCCAAGUGCUAAUAUUUUAAUAUUUAUUUUUAUACAAGCUGUUCAAAGUGUUUAAUUCAUACUGAAUAUGGGCUGGAUAAUCAAGAGCACCGCUUUUACACAAGUGAUUUUUUAAAAGAUUUUUUUAAUCACCAAAAUCCAGGUCCACUGGUGGGCCUUCUCCUGUGUAAUAAAUGUAAUAAAAUGUAAUAAAAUAUAAUUAUUUCUCCUG